GUAAGAAAUGCAAACAUUUUGUAAUUACGAAAGUCAUGAAACCAUUUGAAUAUUCUAUUUGCAGCUAAGAGGGCGUAUCAUUUGUCAGUUUAUUAGUUGUUAAUUUCUGUCUAACUCGUGGAUGUGGGACAUGCUUACUGGCUAACUAGCUAGCCUGCUACAAGUUUGAAUGAAGAUUAAACCACACCGCAUGCAUUUUUGGACAAAUUCAAGAUGACGUCUCUAGCCCAGCAGUUAAAGCGCCUGGCCUUGCCCCAAAAUGACGCAAAUCUGUUCAACCGACGGGAGAUUGCUUCCUUGCUCUUCAACCCUAAGGAAGCAGCGAGUACAGAUAGAAGCACCUUCUAUGCACUUGGAUGCAAUGGACUGGAGGAGCUAUUGGGGAUUGAGCCUGCAUUUGAAGAGUUCCUGGACACACUGUUCAGCAAUGCCUCUAUGAACCUGGAACGUAGUGUCCAGUCCAAAGAAGUCAACAAGAAGCUGGACAGAGACAUUGACCUAUUCCUCACUCGCCUGUCUCCCUACUUACUUCUGAAGCCAUCACUGAAGUGCAUUGAGUGGCUUUUACAUAGGUUUCACAUUCAUGUAUACAAUCCAGACAGUCUUAUAGCAUGUGCUUUACCGUAUCAUGAGACCAAAGUGUUUGUCAGAAUCAUUCAGCUUCUGAAGAUUGAUGAGCCAACUAACCGCUGGAGCUGGUUACAUGGACUCCAGAAACCAGGUGUGCCCUUGGCCAGAGGGACUCUACUGACUCACUGUUACAAAGACCUAGGUUUCAUGGACUUCAUCUGUAGUCUGGUCACCAAGUCCGUCAAGGCAUACUCUGAAUCCGCUCGCGAUGGCAACUGCGCUCAGCUCCGUGUGAUCUUCUCGUUCUAUGCGUCCACCAUUGUGUCGGCUCUGGAUGCCGCAGAAAAGAUUACAGACUCCAUUAUCGCCAAGCUUUUACCCAACGUACAGCUGGGCUUGAAGUCUUCCCUUGUGGACUACAAGGCUGCCACCUACAUGAUCGUGUGCCAGCUGGCGCUGAAGGUGGUGAUGGAGGCCCACUUGGUGGACUCGCUGGCUGUGCAUAUCAGCAAGUCUCUGUGCAAGGCCCCGCUGCUGGCCAGAGAGGGCCUGGGCUGCCUCAUCGUCCUGCUGCAGAACCAGAAGGACAAGGCGGUGGGACCGAAAGCGUACGGGCACCUGUGCGGAGUUCCUGACCUGAUCCCCACACUUCAGAGCGUUGCAUCAUCAUAUGACAUCAGUCCUCUCCUCUGUUACCUCCUCCCUCUCCUCAUUCACUCCGUCAUCACUCAGUCUGAUGAGAAGGAGGAGAUGCAGACAGACGUGGCCUCCGAGACCAGCAGCUCCAGGAGUUUGUUUAACUCUCUCCUUCAGGACAUUCCUCUGACCAGCGGCCUGGACAGCACUGUAGCCAAGUUGCUUCUCGAGGAAUACCUCUCCCAUGGAAACCAGCUGCCCACAGAGGAGAUCUCUUCCCUAAACCAGCAGAUGCAGUCGGUGGUGCGACUGUUUGAAUCAAAGUAUCCUGGAGCUCUGGAUGCUGCUUUGGGCAGUCAUGUCCCAGAUGUGGCUUCCUCUGAAGACAGGAGCCUUUUCCAUCAGUUCAUUUCUCUCUCCAUGAGCAGUGGCAAAUAUGAGAUCCUGGCUGACUCUGACACCUCACUCAUGCUGAGUCUGAAGCACCCUCUGCCUGCUGUGAGGAACAUGGCCGUGGAGCACCUGAAGGAGGUCCUCCGCAAACGACAGGAGGGCUUUGAUGAGGCCUUCCUGAAGGAAGCUUUGCUGGAGCGCCUUGAAGAUCAUGUACCUGCUGUGGUGUCUGCAGCCAUGCAGGCUCUAGAGCUGUACAUUGACCGCUUGGACUCUGCAGACACGGUGUCCAGUUUGCUCUCACUCCUUCAGCGUACUGACGUCUCAGCCCAAAGAGAUUGGUAUCCUGUGCUGAAGCAAGCCAUCCAGAUUCUGGAUGACCCCCGUGUGGUUGAGGGGAACCCGGAGCUGAAGGCCCGUGUGGGCUGGGAGCUGCUGCCCUACCUGGUGGUCACGAGCCCCUUACCAGACUCCCCUGAGCUCCAGCUGGCCCUAUGUGUGGCUGAGACCACCCUGCUCUCCCAGCUCCCCCUCACUAAGGGCUGGGCCCAUGAACUUCAGGGAGUGCUGAAGAAAACCCUUGAGGCUGACAUGGUGGGAGCUGCCAACCAACAGCUCAUACUGACACUGACCAAAAACCUGUCCGUGAUGGAUGCAGCCUCAAAGCGCACCGCUCUGGAGGAGGUGGCAAAGGCUCUGGAGAAGCAGAAGGAAGGCGUGAGGGAGCAGGCGGCGUUUGUGGUGCUGAGCCACACGCUGCUGCGAGGCAUCGUGGACCUGAGCGAGACCCAGCACCUCCUCACCGCCCAGAAGCUCUACACCCUGCUGGAGCCGGCCAUCCUGGAGCUCCUCGCCCAGCCUCCAGAAGAGGUGCUCGUGGGAAACUGUCCCCCAGCCUUUGUGGCGGAACAGCUGGGGGAGUACCUGCACCUGCUGCGCUCGGGCCAGCCCGCACAGAGAGAGCAGGCCACGCUGCUGGUGUCACUCCUCAGCCAGUUCAUCAGCAGCCUCAAGAGCUCCCAGUCUGGCUUCAAAGGGGAGAUGUGGUGGAACCCAGAGAAGCUAGACACCAGUACGUGCUGUUACCUACGACUGCUGAUCCGCCUGUUUGACGUGGUCAUCACAGGGGCCAGUCAGGGGCCCCUAGCCUCCAGCUUCAGGGCUCUGCUGCAGCUGCUCUUCCAGGUGCACCUGAGCAACUCCCUGGAGCUCUUUAAGUUCCUAUCUCUGCUGUGGGGCUACAGCCAUAGCCUGGGUGACCAGCUGGAGUGCAGGGUGGGUGCCCUCCUGCAGACCCAGGCUCUGUACAUGGGCAAAGCCCUCCUGGCCGCCCAGUCUGCCACAAACCUCAACUCGCUGGCUUCAGAUGCAUCUCCAGUCGUACCCUCCCUGCUGGUGUGUCUGUGUUCUCCGGUGUGUGAGGUGCGCAGGGCAGCAGUGGCCUGUCUGCAGACCCUCCAGGCAGCCAGCUCCUCUCCAUUCCUACCCGUGGUGCUGGCCCUGCUGAAGGCCCCAGAGGAACUCAUCUCAGACCCAUCCUACCUUAGCCAGGCCCUUGGGAAGCUGUAUGAGGAUGCCCUCACAGCAGGAGGGAAGAAGAGGCAGCAGCAGGCCGCCGUAGAGCAGCUGGUGAAGUGUGUCCAGAGCCCCAGCUGCCCGGCCUACAUGAGCAAAGCCCUGCUCAGGGCUCUACAGGAGGUCAACGGAGAGGGUGUGCUGGCCAUCAUUCUGCCCCCACUGGAUCUUCUGCUGGAGCAGUGCAGCUCCGACUUCUCUGCGAUCGAGGGGGACGAGGACCUGCUGGUGCAGCUCAUGCUGAGCAAGUACAACGAGCAGUCGGCCCCUCUCCUGGCCCGCGAGCCCCGCAGCCUGGAGGUCCUCCUCAAAGCCAUGGGCACCCGCUCCCAGCCCUACCCCACACUCCCAAGCGUCCAGGUCAUGGCCCUGGAGAAGAUUACCAAGGCCUUCUUCCCAGCUCUUGGAGAUGAGAAGGUCCAGCAAAGAAUUCUGGGAGCAAUGUUUGAUUUGCUGGUUGAUUGCAAGAAUCCAGUCUGUGCCCAGACUGUAAACAAUGUCUUCAAAGUGAUCGCUGUGGAUGCUGAGCUGGUGGCCAAUGAGCUGACGCCUGCACACAAGCCCAAAGUCUCUGGGAGUGUGGUGCAGACUCGCAGGAGCAUGAGGCUGAGGAAAGGCCCCGAUGCCUCAGCUCCUUCUGAUGAGGAUGCAUCCGUCUCAUGGCAGAGGGUGACUCUCAUCCUGGAGCUGCUGCAGCACAAGAAGAAGCUCAAGAGGCCACAAGCCCUGGUGCCAGUACUAUUUAACCUCCUAGCCAGGAGUCUGGAUGUGGGGUCAGCAGAGCAAGGCAACAUGGAGUACACCAAACAGCUUCUUCUCGGCUGCCUGCUCAACAUCUGCCAGAAGAUCUCCCCUGAUGGCAAGCCAGUCAGCCAAGAUGUUCUAGAUGAGGACAAGAUGAACGUGGAGCUGGUGGUGCAGUGUGUGAGGAUGUCUGACAUGCCCCAGACCCACCACCACGCCCUGCUGCUGCUGGGUACUGUGGCUGGCAUCUUCCCUGAGAAGGUCCUUCACAACAUCAUGCCCAUCUUCACCUUCAUGGGCGCAAAUAUCAUGCGCCUGGAUGACGCCUACAGCUUCCAAGUCAUCAACAAAACUGUGCAGGCGGUCAUCCCUGCACUCAUACAGGCCUACGAGGGCAGCUCUGCCCAGUCCGAGGCCCACAUGGAGUGCGUGGUGACCAAGAUCAUGCACGUGUUCACGGACGCGCUGCCCCACGUGCCCGAGCACCGGCGCCUGCCCAUCCUCUCCCAGCUGCUGGUCACCCUGGGCCCGGCCCGCUUCCUGUGGGUGCUUCUGCUGCUGCUGUUCAAACAGCAUGCCACCCAGAUGUCCGCUAACAUCAGCACUACAGAGAAGGAUUUGUUUCUGGAAAACGACGUGGACUUCUGGAUUUCUAUCUGCUGUGAAUUUGAGGUGAACGACCAACUCGCAUCUCUCAUCAACAUCCUGAAGUACCUUAAGGCACUACCACAGGACAAAGAGGAGGGUUCUGAGACCAGAAAGACACAGGCUAAGAAGAAAGAGGAGACAGCCAUGGAACUCGUCUUCAGUAUUGAAUCUCACAGCAGCAAGGAGUUCCGCCACUACAAGUUCCUAUCUGUGUCUUUCAUGUCCCAACUGCUGGCCUCCAACCGUUUUGUCGGAAAGGUGGCAGAUAUGGAGGAAGCAUCCACUGAAACGUUGCAGGUCCUUCAGCAGAGUCUUCUUGAGGAGAUCCUGUGCUACAUCCACACUGUGGCUCGGUGUGUGGAGGAAAACUGUAACAACCCCACUGCCAAAUUCUGGAGAGCGCUGCUCAACAAGGCCUACGAAGUCCUAGACAAAGUGAACUCCCUGCUGCCCACUGACACCUUCAUCAAGGUCAUCAGGGGCCUGAUGGGUAACCAGCUGCCGUCUGUGAGGAGGAAGGCCAUGGAGCUUCUCAACAACAAACUACAGCAGAAGACUCAGUGGCAGGAAGAGCAGGUGACGGCACUGCUUCCUCUCACUGGAGACCUUCUGGGUGUCCUGGGCCAUGGAGCCCAGCAGCGGCCUGGUGAGGCCCAGGAGCAGGAGGAGCAGGCUAUCAACCGGCAGACGGCCCUCUACAGCCUCAAGCUCCUGUGCCGCAGCUUCGGCGCCGGCCACGCGCAGGCCUUCGUGCCGGUGCUGGUCUGCGCGGUAGACCUGCUGCUGUCGCCCAGGGAGGAGAAGAACGUGAUGGGCAGCGCCCUGCUCUGCAUCGCCGAGGUCACCAGCACCCUGAAGGCCCUGGCCAUACCACAGCUCCACAGACUUAUGCCAGGAGUGCUGAACACGCUGGUGGAGCGCAAGGAUCUGCUGUCCAAUGAGAUCUACCUGCUGAGUGCUGUGACCGCUCUGCAGCGAGUCUCCGAGACACUCCCUCACUUCAUCAGCCCGUACCUGCUGGACACACUGCUGCAGGUGACACGUCUGACGCGGGUUGCAGAGCAGACCACAACAUGCCCACAGCUGGCAGCACGCCUAGCCUCACUCCGCACGACCCUGGCAACCAAGCUGCCGCCCAGGGUCCUACUGCCCACAGUUACCAAGUGUUACCAAAGUCUUGUGGAGUCCCAGCAGAACCGUCUUGGACCAUUAAUGAUCAUUUUGAAAGAGCACAUUGCUCAUAUGGAAAAGGACCAGCUCAACUCCCACCAGUCAGACCUCACCACAUUCUUCCUGUCAUCGCUUGACUUCCGAGCCCAACACUGUCAGGGUGAUCUGGUGAAGACCCAGGAGAUUGAGGGCUCAGUGAUUGACUGUCUGCUGGGCAUGGUCAUGAAGCUAUCAGAGGUCACCUUCAGGCCCCUCUUCUUCAAACUGUUUGACUGGUGCAAGACGGAUAGCACAACCAAGGAUAGACAGCUCACUUUUUACCGCCUGUCAGACUGCAUUGCAGAGAAGCUGAAGGGGCUCUUUGUGCUCUUCGCUGGCCAGCUGGUCAAGCCAUUCUCUGACAUCCUCCGCCGGAUUCACGCAACGAAUACAGAUGAAGCCUUCUUCGACGGAGAUGAUGAGCAGGAGAAGAGUUGCCAGCUCCUGCAGUAUGUCCUGGACUGCCUGGGCAAGAUCUUCCUUUACGACACACAGCGCUUCCUCAGCAAGGAGAGGGCAGAAGCCCUCAUGAACCCUCUGGUGGAUCAGCUGGAGAACAUGCUGGGUGGAGAGGAGGUCUACCAGGCCAGAGUCACGAAACACCUGGUGCCCUGCAUUGGUCAGUUUGCUGUUGCUAUGGGAGACGACUCCCAGUGGAAGGUCCUCAACUACCAAGUCCUGCUGAAAACACGACACAUCUCCCCGAAGGUGCGGUUUUCAGCCCUGCUUAUGGUACUGGAGCUUGCUGGGAGACUGAAGGAGAACUACAUGGUCCUGCUGCCUGAAACCAUCCCCUUCCUGGCCGAACUCAUGGAGGAUGAAUGUGAGGAAGUGGAGCACCAGGUACAGAAAGUAAUCAAUGAAAUGGAGAACAUCCUGGGAGAGCCACUGCAGAGCUACUUCUAAAGGACCACUAGAGGGCACCAAACACUCAUCCAGAUCACUUCUUCAGAACAGGCUUGAAUGCCUGCCAGUCCACAUAAGACUAAAGGACUGAAACUCAAUGAGGAACCUCAAAGCUAAAUUAUAGAAAGGUGUGCCUUGAUGAUAAACGUUGAAAAGUGAGACUGUUGUAUUUGUCACUGUGUCUUGCUAAUAAAAGAUGAAACGUGUUUUGUCUUCACACUCAAGUAAUACAAUUUGUUUCUUUUUUUAUUCCAUUUGUGAGUAACAGCAAUAUUACCACCCCAAGUGUUACUUUAAUUUCAGUAUAUUUGUAUGAGGCAUCUUAAGAUCCUCAGGCCUGAUAUUAAGGUUUUGUUUGUUUUAAAUGUGAUGCUUGAUUGAUGUUUGUUUUGAUUUUGUAGAAAUAAUAAAAAUGAUCACAUGAAUU